CAUGUGAGAAAUAUGAAGUAAAAGCGCAAUAACAGAGAUAACGGUGGUUGGAGGUGAAAUACAAAGAAAGAAAAGUAAAGAAUGAUAGGCGUGGCGAAAUGAAGAGGAUUAUGUGAAGUUGAGUAGAAAAAUCUGAUGAAACAAUGCAAGACGACCCAUUUCCAGCAGCCGAAAGGAUAUUGUCGGAGAUUGAAACGGUUUUUAAAAAAGACCCGAAAUUGAAAGAGUUUGAUAUUGUGCCUGUGACUGUGAACCACAACAAGUCACCUGUACUACAUGUUGAGCAUUGCCUGGGGCUGGAGUCAUGGUGUGUCCGCCAUGUUUACUGCUACACGUACCGUCGUCUCAUGGAUGCCCGGCAUCUGCGGAAUCGUAGGGAAGAUCCUGCAUUGUUGGCACGUUUGCUGUCAGGUGCCCUCUUGCUCAAUCCUGAUGUGACAACUUUCUGGAAUAUGCGCCGAGAGCUGCUACAAGCCAGCAGACUGGACAUGCAAGGAGAGCUUCACUUCACAGCUGUACUGUUGUCUCGAAAGCCAAAAUGUGCUGAGGCAUUUGCUCACCGUAAGUGGGUGGUCAAAAGGCUGUUGCUAGCUGAUGCAGAUAAGGAUGAGCUGCUAGAAAAGGAGCUGCAAGUAUCACAAUAUGCAGCUGAUCGCUACCCCAACAAUUACCAUGCAUGGAGUCAUAGAAUGUGGUGUCUGACUCACCUUGCUUCCUUUGCUAGUGCUCCUCUCCUAAAAGAAUGGAGUUCCUCUGAAGCAUGGGUGUCGAGUCAUGUGUCAGACCAUAGUGGGCUGCAGUACCGACAGUUUCUGUUGAACCAUUUGCUGGAGCUCAAGCAGUUUGUCAGUGAUGAUGUCACAGAGAAGGCACGAAAGUCAAUACUGCAGUUCCUGUCCUGCAGUUGGAGUGAGGACACUAUUGAUACUGUGCAGUCUGCUCUAAUUAAGGCUGUGGGAUUGAUUGCUUCUGAACUUCUUUUGAAUACAGAUCUUAUUCUGAGGUUUGCAGGGCAUGAAGCACUAUGGUGCCAUCGCAGGUAUUUGCUCAUGUCUUUCAAGAAGUUUCUGACUUCUAGGAGAGCAGACAUGAAUGGUAUCGGGGGCUGUAGGUGUAGUAAAGUGUCUGCAAUAAGGAACAGAUGUGCUGAGAAGUCUAGUGAAGGAGUGUCUGCCCUGAACAAGGACAAGCCUAGCAACCACAUGAAUGUGGAUGGUGUUCCAUUGGAAAAAGACCAGAAGCUUAGUUCUGAGGAGCUUGCUGCUUUGGACAGAUAUUUGUGUAAUCUCCAAGGAGCCAUGAUAUGGCAUGAAGUGAAGCUGAUCAGCAACUGUCGGCCAGAUGAAUUACACCAGCAGCGACUUGCCAAGCAACACCAUAAGUGGCUGUCACAUGUCCUGAAACUGGACAUCCCAGCAGUUACGUGUCACAAUUAAGAAAUAUGUUUACGACGGUAUAGUUUACUUUUAUUUUUACGUAAAUGUUUCAAGAGAAUUUUUAAAUUAGGGAGUUUUACUUUUUGAGAAUAUAAAUGUGUCUGCUCUCUCUGUUAUAUAUAAAUUAUAAGGAAACCUCAUCAUCACAGUAUUGAUUGAUUGAAGGAAUGAUUCUUUGCUAAUUUAGCAGUUAUUUUUAAACUGCUUAGGUUAUUAAUGUUGAAUGGUAGGAUGUUUGUGUGAAUGAUGAAUUGAAAAGAAUUUGGAAGGGUGGGUAAAGAUAUGGCCCCAGAAUUUGGCUCUAAUACACCUCAGGAAGGAUUUCAAGUUUUUAGACCUUGAUUCAAACCUGUGACCUCACAAAUACAAAACAGGAGUGCUAACUACUUGACUGCUGUCUGCAUUCAUUCUGUUUACAGUGUUACUUAAUUUUUAGGUGUAUAAUGGAAAGCUUCACUGUCAGUAUGCUUAUAACAUCUGUUCUGAUAGAUUUUUUUUGAGAAAAGAGUAUUGAGCAGUGUCACUUGAUGAGGAUUGUCACAAAAGGGUAAGGUAUAUUCCUGGAUGAGUAUUCAUUGCUUGUGAUUUUACAUACUUAUUGGUCCUCAAUAAUUAAUCAUCAUCAUCACUGUCAUCGCCAAUAAAACCACCACUUUAUGGAUUAGGCCCAGUAGCGUGUUCUUUACCCUUUAAACUCUUUGUUUAUUCAGUCUGUUCUUUUACCGGUCUUCCAAUUUCCAUCUUUUCUUGUGGUUUGUAAUUUAAAAUUAUUUGUCCUCUUGCUUCCUGAUGUUUUCAUACUUGUGAUGUAAUAAUUGUCCUCAAGUAUUUACUAAAUUGGAAAAUGUUUGGAAUUUGGGGACCUCAGUAUUCAAAACAUUUUUAUGGUAUCAUUAUUUAUGGUAGCUGUAUCCGUAUGGAUUUUGAAAUAUUUUCCUGCAUGUGUCAGAAGCAGAUAUAUUUAUGUAGUUAUGAUCUGUGAUAUAUGUAAGCCUGUAAUUGAAAUUGUGAGAAGAAGAAGAAUUAUUGAUGGUGGCCUGUAGUUUAUGGAUCCCUAACUGUUUUGAACAGAAGACCAGUUCGAAAAUUACGCUCAUCUGUGUAGUUUUGGCUGCUUUCUUAUUAAUAGUGUAUCCAUUUCUGGAGGUAAAGAAGAACCUAACUAUGUCUGUAUUAAGGAAUCCAACACAUUGGCUUCAGUUGUAGAAUAAUUGAAUUUUGAAGUCUGUGUAUUGUGGUUUGAGCAGGGCAAAGUGAUGAUUAUUAUAAAUGAAAGAAUAUUUUAUAAGUUUUCUUGUCACAGUUAUUUCAGCCAUUGGAUUUUACUCUUCACAUCUAUUUGAAAUACUUAGUAUUAAAAUUAAAGAAUACAUUAUGUUCCAAGUAUUAUUUUAAUGUUGUAUGUAAACUUGAUGUUGGAAAGAAGAGAGAGCUCCAUAUGUAGAGUGCUCAGAAGUUCUUAGACUCAGGAGGUUUUAUCUCAUGUGUAUAUCCUCACAAAGAGAGUGCAGGAAUG